CAAAAUCUUUUAAAAAAAUGUUGGCACUAUUUGUGUUCUUAAGUCUCAGCAUUUUAAUUGGUGCGCAAAAUAAAUGUGACAUCUGCCAAACGGUCAACUUCGUCGCUUGUCACAGUGAAACUGUAUUUUCAUUGUGUAUCAACGGUGUUGCCACUUAUGACUACAAUGAAUGUCCUGCAGAUAAUGUUUGUACAGAUGGGCCAUAUAUUUGCUAUCCGAAACAACGUGGAUAUCAAACAAGCUGCCCCCGAACAGAUGUUAUUGCUGAUAAACCUGAUGAUAAGUGUGCAGUUUGCGAUUCGCCCGGACAAGUAUAUGCAUGCCUUAAUAGAAAUACUAUUGCUUUCUGUUUCGGAAGCGAUGUUGCUUAUUAUGAAUCAAUUGCCAAAUGUCCACAUGGGACAGUAUGCGAUUUAAAUGGUAUAAACGAUUUUUGUAGUGAGGACACUGCAGUUUUGCCUAGUUGUAGCCGUCCACCAAGUGAAGACGACGACACUACUACAACAACCGAAACGACUUUAGCGACAACAGGAAUUGUUUCAACGAUUUCAACCGAAACAACUAAUAUGUUGACAACUGAAACUGUUUCAACCGAUGUCACCACCACACAAGCACCUUUAUCAACAUAUUCUUCAACGAUUUCGACCGAAACAACUAAUAUUGUAACAACUGAAACUAUUCCAACCGAUAUUACUUCAACGCUAUUACCAACAACUACUACUACAACAAUACAAUCAACUACAACAAUUCAGUCUACAACAACUCCAACUGAGACACCCACCACAGUUACCACUGAAGUUGAUACUACUGAAACAACUCCAUCUGUUGAGACAACUACACCAUUUGAUCCAACAGCUUUAUGUAAUCUUAAUAAUGGUGGAGAAGUGGAGAAUAAGAAUGAUCCAACGUGUAAAUCAUAUUAUCAUUGUUACAAACUUUCCACUGAUUGGGAGGCAGCACUCCAAAAUUGCCAUGGAGAUCUAUACUUUAAUAAAGAAAGUGGAUUUUGUGAAGCCGAUAAACCAGAAAACUGUGUACCUCUAACUACAGAUUCGUCAACGAUUUCGACCGAAACAACUAAUAUUGUGACAACUGAAACUGUUUCAACCGAUGUCACCACCACACAAGCACCUCUAUCAACAGAUUCUUCAACGUUUUCGACCGAAACAACUAAUAUUAUAACUACUGAAACUGUUUCAACCGAUGUCACCACCACACAAGCACCUCUAUCAACAGAUUCUUCAACAAUUUCGACCGAAACAACUAAUAUUAUAACUACUGAAACUGUUUCAACCGAUAUUACUUCAACGCCAUUACCAACAACUACUACUACAACAAUACAAUCAACUACAACAAUUCAGUCUACAACAAUUCCAACUGAGACACCCACCACAGUUACCACUGAAGUUGAUACUACUGAAACAACUCCAUAUGUUGAAACAACUACACCAUUUGAUCCAACAGCUUUAUGUGAUCUUAAUAAUGGUGGGGAAGUGGAGAAUAAGAAUGAUCCAACGUGUAAAUCAUAUUAUCAUUGUUACAAAUUUUCCACCGAUUGGGAGGCAGCACUCCAAAAUUGCCAUGGAGAUCUAUACUUUAAUAAAGAAAGUGGAUUUUGUGAAGCCGAUAAACCAGAAAACUGUGUACUUCUAACUACAGAUUCGUCAACGAUUUCGACCGAAACAACUAAUAUGUUGACAACUGAAACUGUUUCAACCGAUGUCACCACCACACAACCACCUCUAUCAACAGAUUCUUCAACGUUUUCGACCGAAACAACUAAUAUUAUAACUACUGAAACUGUUUCAACCGAUGUCACCACCACACAAGCACCUCUAUCAACAGAUUCUUCAACAAUUUCGACCGAAACAACUAAUAUUAUAACUACUGAAACUGUUUCAACCGAUAUUACUUCAACGCCAUUACCAACAACUACUACUACAACAAUACAAUCAACUACAACAAUUCAGUCUACAACAAUUCCAACUGAGACACCCACCACAGUUACCACUGAAGUUGAUACUACUGAAACAACUCCAUAUGUUGAAACAACUACACCAUUUGAUCCAACAGCUUUAUGUGAUCUUAAUAAUGGUGGGGAAGUGGAGAAUAAGAAUGAUCCAACGUGUAAAUCAUAUUAUCAUUGUUACAAAUUUUCCACCGAUUGGGAGGCAGCACUCCAAAAUUGCCAUGGAGAUCUAUACUUUAAUAAAGAAAGUGGAUUUUGUGAAGCCGAUAAACCAGAAAACUGUGUACUUCUAACUACAGAUUCGUCAACUAUUGCAACCGAUAUUACUUCAACGCCAUUACCAACAACUAGUGUUACAACAAUACAGUCAACUACAACCACUGAAAUUGAUACUAUUGAAACAACUCCAUCUGUUGAGACAACUACACCAUUUGAUCCAAUAGCUUUAUGUGAUCUUUAUGGUACUGGAUCAGUGGAGAAUAAAAAUGAUCCAACAUGUAAAUCAUAUUAUUAUUGUUACAUAAUGUACGGCAAUAAUUGGUCGAUACUUUUCAAACCUUGCCCUGCAGAUAAAUAUUUUAAUAAAGAAAGUGGAAUUUGUGAACUCGAUAAACCAGAAUAUUGUGCUAUUUCUUCAUUAAUAAGCCUGUCCUCCGCCGCAUGUAAUCAAUGCCAAAGCAGCAAUUCGGUCGCUUGUCUAAGUUUUCAGGCUUAUGCCAAUUGUAUCAAUGGAGAACCAAGUAAUGAUGUGUUAUUUUGCCCGAUUGGUACUAUUUGCACUAACAAUGAAUUUAUAUGUCAACCGAUAUUAACUAAUGUGGAAGCAAGUUGUCAGAGUUCACAAAUUGUGACAAUUAGUCGGAAAAAUCAAUGCGAUGUAUGUAGUUCUGCAUAUAAAACAUUUGCUUGCAUAAAUGAAAAUACUGUAGCUUUUUGUUUUGGAAAUAAUAUACCUAACUAUGAAUCAACCUUAAUAUGCCCACCAGGCACUGUAUGUGAUCUAGAGAAUUAUGCCUUCUGUUCAUUGUCUGCAAUUGUAAAGCCGAGCUGUCAAUCUUUUAGUACUACUACCACUGAAAUAUUUCACAACAGCACAACAACUUUGAGUUCUGUACAUACUGAUUCUACAACAUCUAUUACAGCUUCAACUACACCUAAAAUGACAACUACAACAAUGAAAACAAAACCAAUAACACUUUCAACUACUUCUACUACAAGCACACCAACAAUUACAACAUCAACAGAGCGGACCACAAUUUCUACCACAGCUAUGAACACAACACCGAAAAUACUUUCAACUACUCGUUUUUCAAAUGCGCCAACGACAAUAACAACAACAGAGAGAACAACUAUCCCCUAUACAACCAAGAAGACAAUUCUAACAACACUUUCAACUACUUCUACUACAAAUACUCCAACAAUUACAACAACAAGGGAGAGCACCAUAAUUCCAACAACUCUAAAAACAACCCCGACAACUACUUCUACCACAAAUACUCCAAUAGUUACUUCUACUUCUACCACAAAUACUCCAAUAGUUACAACAACAACAGAGAGUACCACUAUUCCAACGACAACUAUGAAAACAAUACCGACAACAGUUUCAACUACUUCAACCACAAAUACUCCAAUAGUUACGACAACAACGAAGAGAGCAACUAUUCCAACUACAACUAUAAAGACAACUCCGACCACACUUUCAACUACUUCUACCACAAAUACUCCAAUAGCUACAACAACAACGGAGAGAACCACUAUUCCAACGACAACUAUAAAGACAACACAGACAGCUGUUUCUACUACAAAUACUCCAAUAGUUACAACAAAAACAGAAAGAACCACUGUUCCAACUACAACUAUAAAGACAACUCCGACCACAUUUUCAACGGCUUCUACCACAAAUACUCCAAUAGUUACAACAACAACGGAGAGUACCACUACUCCAACGACCACUAUUAAGACAACACCGACAACAAUUUCAACUACUUCUACCACAAAUACUCCAAUAGUUACAACAACAACGGAAAGAACCACUAUUCCAACUACAACUAUAGAGACAACUUCGACCAUACUUUCAACUACUUCUACUACAAAUACUCCAAUAGCUACAACAACAACGGAGAGAACCACUAUUCCAACGACAACUAUAAAGACAACACAGACAGCUGUUUCUACUACAAAUACUCCAAUAGUUACAACAACAACAGAAAGAACCACUAUUCCAACUACAACUAUAAAGACAACUCCGACUACAUUUUCAACGACUUCUACCACAAAUACUCCAAUAGUUACAACAACAACGGAGAGUACCACUACUCCAACGACCACUAUUAAGACAACACCGACAACAAUUUCAACUACUUCUACCACAAAUACUCCAAUAGUUACAACAACAACGGAAAGAACCACUAUUCCAACUACAACUAUAGAGACAACUUCGACCACACUUUCAACUACUUCUACUACAAACACUCCAAUAGCUACAACAACAACGGAGAGAACCGCUAUUCCAACGACAACUAUAAAGACAACACCGACAGCUAUUUCUACUACAAAUACUCCAAUAGUUACAACAACAACGGAGAGAUCUACUAUUCCAACGACAACUACGAAAUCAACAACAACAACAACUACUUCCAGUACUAACACUCAAAUAACUACAAUAACAACGGAGAGAACCACUAUUCCAACGACAACUAUAGAGACAACACCGACUACUACAAACACUCCAAUAGUUAUAACAACAACCACUAUUCCAACGACAACUAUAGAGACAACACCGACAACUACUUCCACUACAAACACUCCAAUAGUUACAACAACAACGGAGAGUACCAGUAUUCCAACGACAACUAUAAAAACAACACCAACAACUACUCCCACUACAAACACUCCAAUAGUUACAAGAACAACGCAAAGGACCUCUAUUCCCACUACAACUAUGAAGGCAACCCCGACAACACACUCAACUACUCCUACAACAAAUACACCAACGGUAACAACAACACCCACUUCUACUUCGAAGACGACUAAAACUAACCCAGCAAAUCCUAGCACUACACAACCCACUACUCUAGCAACCACAACACAAAGAGAAACAACAGUCCCUACAACAUCAACUAUGUAUAUCAGCACUACAACGACUAUUAGUCCAUGUACAGCUCAGACAGCUGCACAAUUUUGUGAAAUGCUUAAUGAGAGUGGAUCAUAUCCUGAUUUAACUGAUACCACAUGCACACAGUUCUAUUAUUGCUAUACGGAUAAUGGAACUGAAUAUGAAGGUUUCACAUACAGUUGCUCUGAAGGAUUAUAUUUUGACCCAACACUUAGAAGUUGUACUGGAACAAAGCCAACCAAUUGUGGUCAAUGUGAUGUUUAAAAAAAAUUUCUUUUUCCUUUUUAUUAU